AUGCUAACUGGAGUUCCUGUUAGAAGACCACUUGUGCACGACAGAGCCAUGGAUGACCUAGACCAGGACAGCAGCCUAAGCGAUGUCCCCAGCAACCUCGGCUCCCCGAGGCUACGCCGCCGCCCCGGUGAUGCCGACUAUGCACCAAGCGAAGGCGAUGGGUCUCUAGACCAAAGCGUUCAUAUGCAGGAUCACGAAAUGGCCGAUCGUGACGAUAACGAUGACGAUGAAGCUGAAGGCGCCGGCGCAGCAUCCCACUAUCCUCGACGAAAACGCACAUCUCUCUUUACUGAUUUGAGUGAAAGUAAAAUAGAAAUUCCCACCUCCAUACGACAAGAGCGUACUGCAUUGCCAACCUCUGGUAGUCGGCCCAAACAUCAACGUGCCAGCCUCGGUGUUGGUGGUAAAGGCGUGUUGCUCGGCCACUGGCGCGAUUCUCCAGCACCAACUCUAAAGGAUAGGCACGGAGUUAUCGGCUUCAUCGAUGUUCGUGACAGGCUACGAACUCGUAUCCAGCACACCAACAAGGACGGUGACCAUAUCAACGAUAAAUGGCCUAUGCCAGCAGGACCUGGCGGCAGCUGGGUGACAUUUGAGCGCAUUCACUUUUCCGACCAUCUUAUCGGUCUCGACCAUUACCAAGUCAAAGAGUUCGUUCGCAUCCGCGCCGGGCUUGGUGAAGACACACAAGAGGAGCAAGAUGAGAAUAUCAGUGCCGCAAUCACAGAGGCCAUUCAGCGUGGACGGGAGGCGGCAUUGCAAGACCAUUCGAGCGGUCAACCUCAGAUUGCUUGUGGUGCCACCGCGCAACCACCGCCACCUGCCGACCAACCCCGGCAAGAGGUGAAGCGAAGAAGAACGAGUGCUAGCUUCGUACCCGUUAAUUUCGAAUCAGAAGGCACGCAAGAAACACCGUCAGCAGACCGCCAGCCCCUGGACCCUCUCUAUGGCACACGGCCGACGAGAAUUCUUAUCGGCUACUGGAAAGGCUCCAGCGAAGAAGAUCCUCAAAACCGCCACGCCGUUGUAGGCAUCUUGGGCCAAAACGACAUGUUCCGAGUCAAGGUUUUGCGAGAAACGCGCGAUGGUAGAUACAUGGACGGAAACUUCCCCACUGGCGCCGGUGCUCUUUGGAUUCAUUACGAGGAAGUGGUCUUUGAGCCGCACCUAGAGCAGCUGACAAGAAACGAAGUCAAGGAAUACUGCCGAGUUCGUCAAUACCAGUUAGACCAGGGAGAGACGCCAGAAGAGCAAGAGAGCAACAAAGCCAAGGCUGUUGAGGACGCACGCAGAAGAACCAGCGCUUCCAACUGGCAGCCAUUGACGUACUUUACACGUGUUACCAACCCCGGCCAACCACCCCAAGGAGCGAUAGUAAGAGGGCCAUCUGCUGAAAAGGAGCCACGACAACCACGCCCCUAUGAAACGGGUGCCACCAAGUUCCGUAUUGCGCCCAACGAGGCUCAGGAGCGCGCAAGCGUGCAGGCCCGUCGUGAAAUCGCUCGAGCCGAAGCCGCUCAGAACCGCGCCGAUCGUCACUCGUCUCAUCGAGACUCUACCGUCGACUCGUCAGCCUCAACACCCACCAGUAGCGCUCAGGGCGGCCGCGGCUCGCUGCAGGACUCAGAGGAGAUGCAGCGCCUGAACCAGCUCUGGGCGCGCCAGGAGACUGCGCGAAUCCGAACAGCCGGCUCCGACGACGCAAAAAUGCACGACGGCAUCAAGUACGAACGCAAAGCUACAGGUCCAUUCCAGGGCAAGCUUGUGUCGCAAGGUGCCAUUAUCAGCAUCGACGGGGAGGACUACGUCGAAUACCGCGUUCUGACCAAGCCAACCUUCUUCUAA